AUGUCUUCUGGGUCACAUGACUCGCCCACGUUCCAAGAGACAAUUGCUAUGUUGCAGGGCAUUGGUCCGUCCUCAAUUCCUGAAGAAUGGGAGUUCGGACUCUGCCAAGGUAGAAACAAAGAUGAAAAAGCGUCACGAUGCCGACUAUCUGGCCAAGAUCCAGAAAGAACUAAACAACUUUGCAACAUCCUCAUCCUCAUGAAACAAAACAUUGCAACACAAGAAUUCUUUGAUCAGCUUCAUGUUUUUGUUACCAUUUCCCAUUGUGGAGAUCAUGUAGACAUCUCCAGAAAGAUUGUCGAGGAGUGGAGGGAGAAGUGCAUUACAGACGGCGGCAAAUUUACCAAUGAAUGUUGCAAUGUAACCGACCACGAUUCCGGCAACGACCGCACGUCUAUAAGGGGCAACAGCACCACAGAAAACGGUCUCUGUGAACCCACCAACCCGAUGCAGCUUGAAAGAAUGAACGAAGUCAAACACGACGGCAACUCCCACGUCGAGACCAUCGUAGAUGGCAUCUCCACUAUGGAUCUAACUUCAACAAACCAAACCAACCACACCAGUCAGAUAAGUGAAGUUAGGAACAACAGUCCGGAGUAUAUCUUCAGGCUUGGCCUAGCAAGCUUGAAGCGUUCAAAUUCUCUACGGAAUGACUCACCUAUUUUCACGGAAAUCUACAAACCACUUACUCAAACCCAAAAAAAGGAUGGAAUCCUUUACGUUGUUGAGUUAGAUGCAGAGAAAGGGUGGUACAAAAUUGGUUGGACGACUAAAACCAUCGACGGACUCAGCCACAAGUGCAGCCUCGAGUCGAACGCGAAGGUCGUCUACAAAAGCCCUGGUGGUCCUUUUUUUGCGGCAGAUAAAGCGAAGAAACUUGCACUCGCUGCUCUCCACGAUAACAAGAUCCAUAUUUCGCCGUGCGAUGACUGUGGAAGCAGGCACAGAGAGUGGAUUGGCGCCACAAGAGAGAGGGUGAUAGAGACGGUGAAAAGUAUGGAAACCUUCGUUCAGCUUCCCGCAUACAAGCCAAUGGAUGGCGACAACUGGAAGCUUUCCGAGACUGCUGCUGAGCUAGUGGGAAGAAUGUGUCGCUUUUCCCUUUCGGAGUUGGAAAGUGCAACAACUAUAACAGAAACGCCCCCACUCGAUGACACGGCUACCAGCUUCAUGACACCGCAGAAGCAAGGAACAACUAUUAUUGUUGAUGGGAUUGAUACUCCACAAAGUUCACAAGACUCCUUUGAGGUCGCAUAUGACAAGAGCCCACCAUCUCCGACUGAAGUGAAAACCGGCAAAAGCAAACGCACGUCUAUGGGUUCCAUUAUAAAAAGGGGGAUUAUAAAGACUAGCAACGUAUAUAACUAUUUCAGACACUCGCAGGAAGAAACCGCGGAGACUGAUAGAAGCGAUAAGACAAAAGACUGGGGGUCAGGAGACAGACGUGGGAGUGAAACCAAAGAAGAGAAGGCUAUUCUGGAUAUCUUCUGGAGCAUGUUUCCCGAGAAAAUUACAACUGAAAAGGGGGAUGUGCACAACAAGGGAUCUCGCCCAAGCAGCUGGUUCAAGCGACACUUUUGGAAAUUCUGGAGAACAAGCCCCAACUCAACGACAUGA